AAAAUAUACUCAUUGUGUAUGUGUAGUUGAAAUUCGCUCGGCCAUUUAUCAUGGUCUUGUCGGUAGAAAGUAAGAUCAUCUUUCCACAAUGGUACACAGGAAUCGGAGUAACCCUCCUGUUGCUGCAGAUGGGUUUCCUGGGUGGCUGGGUCUCGCCGACCUUGGCAAGGCUCAUGGCUGCUGAUUCACCGAUCCCAUUGACCGUCGACGAAGCAUCCUGGGUGGCAUCGAUCUUAAACUUCUGCCGAUUUUUCGGCAGCAUACUCGGUGCCGUCGCUGCUAAUUAUCUUGGCAGCAAGCGAUCGAUCUUCGUGAGUUUGUUCCCGAUAUCGGCCGGCUGGCUCAUCAUCUCCUUGGCUAACCAGGUGAAAUGGCUCUACCUCGCACGAGUUUCCAGCGGCGUCGGCAUCGGCAUGGUAUACAGCACGUUCCCGCUCUUCAUCGGCGAGGUCUCGACACCUGAAAUACGUGGAGCCCUCAUAUCGCUGGCAACCUGCGGCGUCCCGGUCGGCCAGCUUAUAACCAGUAUCGGCUCCUCCUUUCUCAGCCUCUCCACAUCAGCCGUCAUCUACGUGUCCAUCACUCUGCCUCUCAUUGCCUUAUUCGUCUGGCUGCCCGAGUCGCCGCAUCACCUCAUCAAAAUUGGCAAGCGCGAAGAGGCGAAGAAAUCGAUCGAUUGGUAUAGAGCCGGGACAGGUGUGGAGAAGGAGCUCGACGCGGUCGAGAAAUUCGUAGAAUCCGUUAAGAGCACGAGCUUCUUCGAGCAGCUGCGCGAACUGACCUCGGCCCCCAUGAGAAAAGCUCUUUUCCAAGUAAUCGCGCUCUUUACGUUUAUGCAGAUAAGCGGCGUUAACAGCGUAUUGUUCUACAUGGAGACGAUCUUAACCCACGCCAAGGUCACCGUCAUCGAGCCAUUUCUCAUAUUUAUCUACGUGAACGUGGCCGGCAUCUUUGCCGCGGCUCUCUCGAUUCUACUCAUCGAUACUUGCGGCCGUAGAUUUUUAUUAAUGGUCUCGAGCUCGGGUGUUGGCCUCUCCAUGAUCGGCAUGACAUGCCACUUUUUACUAAUGGACACGUAUAGGAAUGUGCCGAGCUUGCAGUUCAUUCCCAUCGCCUCGAUGUUCCUCUUUGUGACGUCAUUUUACGUGGGCUUGUUCCCGGUGCCGAACGCCAUAUUGAGUGAAUUGUUUCCCGCUAAUAUAAAAUGUGUGGCGGCCAGUGUUGCCGGUCUGACUGGAGCGAUGAUGGCAUUUUUGUCAACAAAGACUUAUCAGCCGUUGAUAGAUCUGAUGGGCGAAGCCUACGUCUUUAUGAUUUAUGCGAUAUGUGCGAUUCUCGUGAUACCGUUCAGUUUGUUUAUAAUGUCGGAAACAAAAGGGAAAAGCUUACAACAGAUACAAGACGAACUUACGAGAAAGUGAUUUGCGUGUAAUAAUAAUACAUGUUUUUUCUUCUCUUUUUUUUUUUUUAUUUA